AUGAGCGAAUCAGGAUACGUUACACUUGUGUCCGCCGAUGGUCACAGAUUCGUGGUGCUACGUGACGUGGCACUGAUAUCCUCGGUCCUCAGAAACACACAAGGUUUCGAAGAGGGACGAACAGGAAAGAUCAAACUCGACAUGGAUGGAGAUAUUCUAGAAUGCAUUGUCGAGUAUUUGUACUACCAUUACAAGUACAGAGAACAGGCCGAGAGCGGCAACAUUCCCGAGUUCAAUAUUCCCACGCAUUUGGCGUUGGAGUUGUUGGUGAAAGCAGAUUACUUGGAUAUAUGA